AUGAAAGACGAAGAAGACGAGACGGCGAACGGCGUUGGCCCGCAGCCAAGUACCUCGGCUGACGAGGGCCAACAGCCCAACAAGCAAUCUCAAGUGGAAAAUGCCGACUGCGACUUCAGCCAGGAGAUCGAGAAGCUCCAGGUUUUUGUUUUUUACUUUUUUAACGGUAUAAUCAUUGGUUUUUCCCUUAUUUGCGCAAUCAAAGCUGAGGCAUGAACUUAUAUUGACGCUUUUUCAAAAUUAUUUUUUCACCACAUCUUCAUUUUUAAGGAGAUUCUCUUAUCAAUGGAAACACAUUGUUUGAUCUAAAAUACAUAUGGAGUGGAUCACUCGAGGAUUUCAAAGUGUAGUGGUUCUUUUUCUGUUGCGGCGGCGCGCAGCUCCUUCUUUCCAUUUCCAUUUCCAUCUGUUUAUGGCGAAGGUUUUGCAGAAACUAAGGAACUUCCUUCCAUUCGCUGUUGAGAUUGUUUAUGAAGCUUCCGACUAUUCGUUCUUCGCGUUUCCAUAAACAUUUUUGUGACAUUAUGGAAGUGAAGAAAGCUGAGAGCAGUGAAACAAAAAAAAAUUGAAAUGAUUGAAAAUCGGGGAAAAAAAAAGUUUUUUUGGGCCGUUAAAGACUUUAUAGUGAGAAGAAACGAUUCUAUUUGAUUUAUUGAUUGAUUGAAGACUGAAACAUCUAUUAACUCAAUUAAAAUAAAUAUAUAUAGUUUUGAAAAGUUUUUCUCUUUUUUUUUAAAAUUAAUUAUUGAAAUUGACGUUUUAAUCGUUUUUGGUUUCCGAUUAUUGUUGUGUUACUGAAUUGAAGAGAUAAGAAGGAAAUUAUUUUUAUUUUCUUUUUAUUUUUCUUUUGCAUUUUAAAAAAAUUUGGAAACUAUCGAUAUUUUUUUGCUCUUUUCUCCAGAUGAUAAUGAGAUAAGAUACCUUGAAACUUUGAAAUUUCAAGAUGAAAGUCCUAAAAUGUGAGUGAAAUAGAGUGAAUUGUUGGAAAAAUGAUUAAAAAAAUAAUGUUAAAUGAAGUUGAUUAGUCAGGGAAAGCCUUUUUAUUAUUAAUAUUCCUAAGGUUUUUGUUCACCAGAAAUUCUUCUGUACUGAAAUCGCCUCGAAAGACAAAUCUUAUCAUUCGGCGCCUCAAAGGUUUUCGAUAAAAACAUCUUCACCUCUUUUUCAUUCUUAUUUUUCGUUGGUGAUAGUAAAUAAAAAAUUUUGACUUAUAUUCUUCAGCUGACUUUGCAAGAAAUGAUGCAUUGUACGAGUAGUCCAAGUACGUCUUUGGAUUCUUCUGGAACGGAUAAAGGUUAGUUCUAUGCAAAGACACAGGGAAAAAAUAUUGUAUUUGGUCAAUCUGAAGUUUGAAUGAAGAAAAACUGAAUGCAGCAAGCUACAUAUAUUUAUUGCAGCAAAACCGUAGUUCAAAAAAACUUCAUUGGUUAAAAAUCUUCAUAAGAAUCAUUUGAUGAGUUUGAUUUUAACGGAAAGUUUAUGACUUCCAAGCUACGAACAAUGUGAGGGAAGCUUCCGAUAAACUUUACGGAAAAAUUAGCCAUCUAUUGACAUUUCAAGAAAAUUCCCGUUGAAUUCAGUCUUUUCAAGGCUUUCCCGCUCGACGAUUAGUACGAGUACCUUGUGAAGGAUUCUCGUCGAGGUCUUCUCAUUCGGAUUCGGGUAAUUCUUCAGCCAGGGAUGUUCCUCUUUGUUCGCUUCCUUUCACGGUUGGUUCAAGAAACGAGAAGACUUUUUUAGAAGAAAUAAUAAGGAGUUGGUGUGUAUAAGGUAAAAAAAAAAGAGAUAUGAGAAUAGUUGACUAUAAAUUUCGAUCAAUUUCCAGUUCAAUUUUUUUUCAAUUCCUCUUGCUCCUACGCAUGUCAUAAAUAUGAGAACAAAGACAAGAUAUAUAUAUUUUUUUUCUUAUUUUUCAGGUUUACGGCGGCGCCUCGACAGGGUCGAUUAGUACUUGUCGAUAUUGUGAGAAGGCAUGA